UACCUGCUCACUGGUUACUCAGUAAAGCAUGUGCUUUUUCAGCUGAGACUGGAAUUGUCAGCUUGUAGCCGUGCUGGUCACGGUAAUUCCGUGUCGUAUUUGUUCCUCGUGUUGUUAUGGCUCUUGGUAGUGAAGUGAAUAAUACUAAUGCUUCAAAACUUUCUUCAAAUGUGAAAAAGAGCACAAUUAGUAGCAAUGUAAGCAGUAAAAGUGUUACUGAUAAUGUUAGCAAAGAAAAGUUGGAUAAACCUAAAACGAAGAUGAAUAAGGAAAGCGGCUCGGCGGUCAGCAACGGACACGCGAGCGCCCCGAAUGGGCGUGCUGAUGACGAGGGCGGUGGAAAUGGAUCAGCGCUGCCGCGUGUCUCGUACGCUGCAGCAGCAAAAAAAGCCCUUCCUACUCCGGCCAAUAAUGUGCCUACGCAGUUCCAUGCGAAUUCAGAAUGCCAAAAGAUUGAAAAUGACUGCGACAAGUCAACAGUACAAGGUCAGAGCGGCAACACAAUAUUAAGUAAUGUUAAUGGAGAUAGCUCGAUAUCAAAUAAUAAUAAUUAUAAGAAAAGUAAAUUAGGAACCAAAGAACCAAUAACAAAUGGCGCUGAAGCAAUCGAGGUAAUUAUUGUCAAUAGCGAUCCACUAGAAAACACAGAAUGUGAUAUUAGUAGUAAUGAUAAUACAAAAUUAGUAUCUAAUGGAAUUGACAGCGAUAUGCACGUAAAAAAAGACGAAGAAACGGGCAAGAAUGGAGUUUUAAAUAGUAAACGUAAUCCUAUUAAAAAUAAAGAAAAUGUUAGCAAGAAAAAAGAAAAUAAAAAAGCAGUUUCAAUCGAUAAAAGCGAAGACAAGAAUAAUACAUCUAAUAAAUGUGCUACUAACGAUAAACAAGAAACAAAUGGUCCAAUUAAAGAGGAAAGUAAAUCGGAAGAAACUAGUGGUGAUUCUGAAAAAGUGGUUAAUGGCGAUAAAGAGAGGGAAUCAUCUCCUAGCGAGGAUGGAGACGAGAAGAAGGGGGAUGCUGAAGUAGUUUUCAUUCAAGAUAUGGGCUUCACUGUUAAAAUUGUAAGCCCCGGAGCUGAGCCACUUGACAUACAGGUAUCUAGUAUGGAACUGGUCCAAGAAAUUCACCAAGUACUGAUGGAUAGAGAAGAUACAUGCCAUCGCACCUGCUUCUCGCUGCAAUUGGAUGGUGUCACGUUAGAUAACUUUGCUGAAUUAAAGAAUAUCGAGGGUUUGAAGGAAGGCUCGGUAAUAAAGGUUGUGGAAGAGCCGUACACGAUGAGAGAGGCUCGGAUCCACGUCCGCCAUGUGAGGGACCUGCUGAAGUCCAUCGACUAUGUGGAUGCCUACGCGGGCCAGGAGUGCAGCUCGUUGGCUUUCUUGAAUAUUGUUACACAGGGGGAUAUAUUAGAGAAGAAAAAGUCUCGCCCGGAGAGUGUUGACUGCACGCCGCCGGAUUAUAUAAUGCCCGGGAGCACGGAGCGGCCUCUGUUGCCACUACACCCUGGACUGACUAAAGAGAACAAGGCUCCACAGUGCUUAAAGGUGCUGACAACUUCAGGGUGGAAUCCGCCCCCCGGCCCCCGCAAGAUGUGCGGCGACUUACUCUACUUGCACAUCCUGACGCUGGAGGAUAGACACUUCCACAUCACCGCCUGUCCGCGAGGCUUCUACCUCAACCAAUCCACUGAAGAGGUGUUCAAUCCGCGACCAUCAACCCCGUCCCUAUUAUGCCAUUCUUUAAUUGAACUGCUAAGCAUUGUGUCUCCUGCCUUCAAACGGAACUUCGCGAUGGUGCAAAAGAGACGCAUGCAGAAACAUCCAUUUGAAAGAGUAGCCACGCCCUACCAGCUGUAUCAGUGGGCGUCGCCGAUGUUAGAACACACCGUUGAUGCUAUCCGAGCUGAAGAUACGUUCUCUUCCAAACUGGGUUACGAGGAACACAUCCCAGGCCAGACGCGUGACUGGAACGAGGAGUUACAGACGACGAGAGAGUUGCCCCGGUCUACCUUGCCGGAGCGGCUGCUGAGAGAACGAGCUAUUUUCAAAGUUCAUAGCGACUUCGUGGCAGCGGCGACCCGAGGUGCGAUGGCCGUGGUUGAUGGAAACGUGAUGGCCAUAAAUCCUGGUGAGGAGCCUAAGAUGCAGAUGUUCAUCUGGAACAACAUAUUCUUCUCGCUUGGAUUCGACGUGCGUGACCAUUACAAGGACCUGGGCGGCGACGCUGCUGCUUUUGUUGCGCCGAGGAAUGACCUGCAAGGCGUGCGGGUGUAUAGCGCGGUGGACACGGCUGGUCUCCACACGUUGGGCACCGUGGUGGUGGACUACCGCGGCUACCGCGUCACGGCGCAGUCCAUCAUCCCCGGCAUCCUGGAGAAGGAGCAGGAGCAGAGCGUCGUCUACGGCAGCAUCGACUUCGGCAACACCGUACUCUCGCACCCCAAGUACAUGCAGCUGCUAAGCAAAGCGGGGCAGCAGCUGAAGAUUAUGCCGCACUCGGUGAUCAGCGCCAACGGAGACACAGUGGAGCUGUGCUCCAGCGUCGAGUGCAAGGGGAUCAUCGGAAACGACGGCCGCCAUUAUAUACUUGAUCUGCUGCGAACCUUCCCGCCAGAUGUCAACUUCUUGCAAUUGGAAGAUGAUGAAUUGAGGGAGGAUAUUAAGUCAAUGGGUUUUCCGAUCAUUCACAAACACAAACUGUGCUGUCUCAGACAAGAAUUGGUCGAUAGUUUUGUUGAGGCUCGCUAUUUUAUGUUCAUAAGAUAUGCGGCAUUCCACUUACAACAGUUAAGUGCGAAGCGUCAAAACAAAGCCACAGAACAAAAAUCCAUUGAAGCCAACAAGGAAUCCGACAAAAAAGACACUGCCAAAGAGACUGAAAAAGACAACAAGAGUCAGGAGAAAGAGACGAAAGAUAAGGAGGCUAAGAAGAAAGAUAAAGUUGCUAAGGAGAAAGAAAAAGAUGAAAAAUCCGAAGCAAUAGAUGAAAAAUCAGAAGCAAAAGAGGCUAAUAAGAUUGAGACAGUUAAAGAAAGUGAUGAACUGCUCCUCGAUGAGAAUCUAUCGGAGAUUGACACUGAUGUCGCUAAAAAAAUUGUUGAGAGCAUAACCGACUCGAUAUGCAAUGGUGACAAACAGGAAAAUGAUUCGGGUGAUCGUUCCCGCGCCGUAGUCGCCGCCGCCGCUCGCGCCGUGGCCUCGCUCAAGGAGUCUGAAUUCGACGUGCGCUUCAACCCCGACGUGUAUUCUGCGGGCAUCAAGCACGCCGCGGAGCCAGAACAACUCGCCAAACAAAGGCAUCUUGUGAAGGAGGCCGCCGCUUUCCUCCUCACAACACAAAUACCGGCUUUCGUGCGGGAGUGUUUGGAGCACACGUCGGCUCCUAUGGACGGGGCGGGGUUGACGGAGGCUCUCCACGCGCGAGGCAUCAACGUGCGGUACCUCGGCCGGGUGGUGUCGGCUCUGCGGCAACACGCCUCGCUCUCGUACCUGCACGCCAUCGCGUUGGGCGAACUGGUCCUGCGCGCGGCCAAACACAUCUACACGGCGCACCUGCAGGGCUGCGAGCCCAUGUCGACGGGCGCCGGCGCGGCUCACUUCCUCAACUGCCUGCUGGGCGCCGCCCCCGCGCCCGCGCCCGCCGCCCCCGAGCUGCCGGCGGGCGCCCGCGUGGCCCGCGCCCGGCGCCGCGCACGACACAAGCACCGCCACGCGUCGCCGCCCACGCCACCUGCCAGCCCCGACUGGCAGAACCUCACGCCGCGCUCGCUCUUCACGCAGAUCAAGCACGAGCUCAAGUCAUAUUGGGGAUAUGAACUGAAUGCUGAUAGCAUGGAUACAGUUAUAGAAAAACAUGGAUUACAGAAAAUAUCACUGCUCAGGUCUUUUGCUAUCAAAGUUGGUUUACAAAUAUUGCUCCGAGAAUAUGACUUCGACAGUAAAAAUAAAGCGACAUUCUCUGCAGGCGAUAUCAUGAAUAUAUUCCCUGUUGUCAAACAUAUCAAUCCGCGGGCCUCGGACGCGUACAAUUUCUACACGACGGGCCAGAACAAGAUCCAGUCGGGCGCCGUGUCGGAGGGCCACGAGCUGAUCGCGGAGGCACUCAACCUGCUCAACAACGUGUACGGCGCCAUGCACGGCGAGAUCGCGCAGUGCCUCCGCAUGGUGGCGCGCCUGUGCUACGUGACGGGCGAACACCGCGGUGCUAUGACUUACCAGCAGAAGGCGGUGCUCAUGUCCGAGCGCGUUAACGGCAUCGAUCACCCCUACACUAUCACCGAAUACUCUCACCUAGCGUUAUAUUGUUUCGCAAACGGCCAAGUCAGCACUGCACUCAAGCUGUUGUAUCGCGCGAGAUACCUUGCUUUAUUGGUGUGCGGCGAAAAUCAUCCAGAAAUGGCCUUGCUCGACAGCAACAUCGCCCUGAUCCUGCACGCUGUGGGCGAGUACGAGCUGUCGCUGCGGUUCGCGGAGCGCGCGCUGGCCGUGACGAGCUCGACGCACGGGCCGCGCUCGCUCAAGGCGGCCGUGGCGCGGCACCUGCUCGCUCGCACGCUGUCGUGCCUGGCCGACUUCCGCACGGCGCUGGCGCACGAGAAGGAGACCUACACCAUCUACAAGACUCUGUUGGGUGAAAAACACGAGAAGACCCGCGAGUCGUCCGAGUGCCUCCGCCACCUGACGCAGCAGGCCGUGGUGGUCCAGAAACGCCUGGCGGAAGCCUACGCCAAGAGCCCGGCGCCGCUGCCGCCGCCCAUACACGUGCAGCCUCCCGCCAUGGCCUCCGUCAUCGACAUGCUCAACCUCAUCAAUGGCAUACUCUUCGUGCAGAUCAGCCCCCAAGACAUUGAGCAAUUCAAAGCCGAGAUCGAAAAGAGACAAAAGGACCUUCCGAUACCCGGUGUGCUUCAAGAGCUCGCGGAGAAAUGCGAGGGAGAGGGGAAAGAGAAGGCGGCAGAGAGUUGAAUGGAGAUCACCUGUCCUUGAGACUGUAGAGUUGGCCCCGCGGUGGCCUGGGACCUGCGACGCAACUUGGAGGCUGCCGGAUAAAUUUUAUGUUCAUUAUUAGCUUAUAACGUCUAGAUGAAAUAUCGCCCGAUUAGGAACAACACUUUGAGAUGGUUCUUGGUUAUGUAGGUUACAGUUGUGUCUUGUUGAUUGUGUCAAUCUUAUCAAAAUUUCUAUUGUUUAUGGCUUAGACAAUUUAUACGUCUAGAUAGAGUCUCUUGCUGGUAGACAACCGAUAAAAACAGGCUAGGUUUAAUACUUUAGUACACGUGACAAGCUGUCUUACACUCGCGAUUUGUAUAACACUGUGGUUGUGUGCGUGAAUUGCUCAAAAGGUUAACAAUUCAAGGUCAAGAGAUGUUUUUUUUCACAGCUGUCAACGUCUAUCUAGACGUAUAAAUAAUGGUAUAAGAUUUUUAGCUUUUAAUCAUGAAAUAUCACCCGAUUAGGAACGUCACUUUGAGAUGGUUCUUGGUUAUGUAGGUUCCAGUUGUCUCUUGUUGAUUGUGUCAAUCUUAUCAAAAUUUCUAUUGUUUAUGGACUUUUUAUAUUGACACAAGGCUCACAAAAGGAGUGUCAUAGACAAUUUAUGUUGUUCAGAUUUUAACACUAUUAUAGAAGCUUAAUUGAUUUUUUAAUGACAUUUAAAAAAAAGUAACACAAAGAAUCAGCAAUUCCAAGUUUGUCCAAAACAUUUCGAGUAUAAGUCAUUAUUUAAACUUUAUGCUAUACGGUAUAGCGCUUACUUUCGGCUCGGCAUUUGAGUUUUGGUUGAAAGUACUGAAAUUUUGUAAAAAUAGCACAAUAGAAUUAUUUUGUGGUAGCUCGAUGUAGGCGAGCAAAUAUUGGAGUUAUCUGGAUUAAAUGUACUUCUUACAAACUUUCACACACUAACACACUCAGAAACGUCUUUCAAUAUAAUAUGUUUAUCUCUGAUUAUAAGCAGACAGCCACCAAAAGAUAUGUGUAUCAAAACGAUUCUAAUGUGCAAAGUAUGAUGUAUAGACAUAGAAUAUACCAACUUAUAGACGAACUGACAGACCGAUAAUUCAUGACUUUUGUCAUUGUCAUGAUAUUCAAAAUACUAAGGGGCUAAUGAUAAAGUGGCUGACUGUUUACAACUUUUCAGCCAAAAUGUGUUGCAGUAACAAUAGAUUCGCUUUCCUUGACGCUGUAAAAUUAUGAGUCUAUGGUAGCCGGUAGGAUGAUUAUAAUUAAAAAAACACACCGACGAAUUGAAAACCUCUUUUUUUGAAGUCGGUUAAAAAUAUGGUCAAUGUCCUAUAUAUAUUUUUUAUAAAUAUCUCCUAAACAUUCAGUGAAUAUUUAUUUCUAAAUCCAAACAGUAGCUCUAACUAGUAUCUUAAUCAUUAUAAUAUAGUAUUAUUAGGAGAUUGAAUGCGCGUCUCUGGGUGCGGUAGUUAAAAUGAUCAAGACAUAACAAUUAAUUAGAUUUGUUAAUUUUUUUGUUGUUUUUUAAUUUGUAAUGUUGAUAAUGUAUCCGUGAGCGGUUGCAGCCGCGAGUUGCGUCGGGCGCGUCGUGUUAGUUCAUUUGAAUUAUUGUUUUACGAUUAUCGAUUGACGAUAUUGUUCCUUAUAUUAUGAAUGUAUGCCGUAGUGUAUAGUGUGCUAAGGUUUGAUGUAGAUUUUUUUGUUAGUGAAAUUUUGAGAAUAUUAUUUUGAUCAAUUAUAAUUAAGUGUUAUUUUAUAAAUUCGCAAUAUUAUACAAUAGUGCGUGCAAUAAUGUUGCGCUGAUAUAUAGUGAGUUUUAUUCGUAGCAUUGCGACGGACGCGACACUCAAAGUAGUUAAUACGUAGUGAGAUAGCAAUAAGUGUUGGUUGUGAGGCCCGCCGCUACUGCCAAUUGAAUCAAUUAUUACAAUGAUUUUAUGUAAUGUUAUCAGUGCAUUCAUUUUUUACCAUUACUCGGGAGUGUAUCGCCGUUAGGAGUCCACCGGAAGUGCCGGUCGUCGGCCAUAUUGUCAUUGAAAUGUAACGCUGCAACUUCCGUUGCGUCAGCGAGACUAGUUGAUUGAGAUCGAGCCACCGAACAAGUUACUGCUGCCUUUACCGUUUGUCAGUUAUUUCUGUUGUUAGCGUAGUUAGUGCCAUAAUUGUAGGUGAAUUAGUUUUUAAAUUGAUAUUUUGUUAGUCUGUGAUAUUAUGGUGUUUGAUCAUCGAGUGACUUGCCUUGUCGAGCAGCGGAGCUUGUUGCCUUUUACUUAAUAUAACAUGCUUUACAUACUUCUUAUGAAUUUAAUAGAUAAUUAUAACGUGCAAUGUCUAAAUCAUCUAUAUCCUAUACCAAUGAUUAGAAUUAGAACUAACUAAUUUGGUUAGAAUAUCAUAAUUUCGUGUAAGUAAUUAAUUCAAUAGCGGCGAACGAAAAAAUAUAUCAAGUUAUUUAAGCAAAAUAUAUGUAUUUAAUAUAAAUUUUAUUAUUAUAUCAACAAUACAGAUAAAUACUUGCUUUGAACAUAUAUAUGAUGCAAUUUCAUUAAGUGAUAUCAAAGUCUAUAAAGAUAUAUGUAUUAUUGGUAUUGAGUUUAAUAUAUUGUUAUUAUUUUACGCACAUAUCCGCAUUCUAUUAUUUUAAGAUUUAUUUUGAAAAUUUCUUCGUAGUUUGUGUUAAAAAAAAAUAUUUUUACAUGCAUAGUGAAACGUUAAAGAUUGGGCUCGCUGAAUGGUUAUCAUGUUUCUAUAUGUUUGAAUAACCAAACACAUUAAUGUAAAACUGAAAUUACUCCCAUAAAACAUUCGUUUUCAAAAUAAUAUUAUAUGUAUUUUUUUUUUCAAAAUUGAAAGCCACUUUUGUAAUCAUUUACGGAGCCUUGUUCUUAAGGCUAUAUAUCACCGGCACACCACGGUGGUGCAACCAGUCUCCGCUACCAACAAAAUAUAUACAACUCUAUACAGUCCGUUUGGUUGCGGAACCAGUUUGGAGGCGCGACAGACUCUGGUGUCUAGUUUGGUAGCUUUUACGGACACUGGUUGCGCCACCGUGGUGUCCCGGUGAAAUCAAGCCCUUACUGUUUGUUAAAAUUAGCUUCAUGUUCCACCGCUAGUGGCGCAGUACAUUUUUUUCAUUAUCGUCUGUUUUGAAAUAUUGAUGUUUUUGUAAGCCAUUUGUAUAGAUACAAUCUACACGCCGUUGUCAGUGUUAUGUAGAGCCCCGUUCCAGAACCUAGCUAGUAAGUCGUUAUUGAAUACGCUGUGCCUAAAAUUACAAUAAUGUUGUUGUUGUUACAUUUCUUUAACAAUAUGACGAUCACGCAAAUACGGACGCCGUUCGUUGUACACUAAUAAACGAUUUUAAAUUAUAUUAUUCUUUCAAUGGAA